UUUAGGUUCCAUGAAUACACAAGAUGAAGUCUAAGGAAGAGUGUACAUGUGCUUAUCUUUUCCCUGUGUGGAGCUUUAACCAGGGCUGAAGGAUUGCAAAUUUCCAGUUGAGCAAAUUGUAUGCUUUGCUGCUGAGAAGAGCAGGUGGUGAAAAACUGAAACUGCAUUAUGAAUCUGGAGGUACCAGAAACCUUUGAAGAUGUUGCCGUCACUUUUUCAGAAGAAGAGUGUAAAAUGUUGAGCAAACAGCAGAAGGAGCUUUAUAGAGAAGUGAUGGUGCAAAAUUAUGAAACCAUGAUUUCUGUAGGCUACAGCAUCCCAGUGGAUCAGCUGUUGCGACUUUUUAAAGAUGAUAAGACAUACCUAUCUGAUGUUGGGUUGAGGAAAGAGACUGGACAACUAAAGGAUCAUCUUGAAGACAUUCCAAGCACAGCAGGAUUCCUGGCCACAGAAAACUCCAAGUCCUCAGUUGUAAAAGAGGAAGAAGCCAUAGAAUUUCACUCAGAAAGUGGACGUGAGAUGCCGCAACAGCAUUUUCCUGAACAAGGCACAUCAAACACAAUGGACGUCCAGGCUACAGAAAACCACAGGACCUCAGUUGUGAAGGAGGAAGAUGUCACAGAAUUUCACUCAGAAAGUGGACAUCAGACAUUGAAGCAGCAGUUUCCUGAACAAAGCGCAGCCAACACAAUGGACGUCCAGGCUACAGAAAACCACAAGACCUCAGUUGUGAAGGAGGAAGAUGUCACAGAAUUUCACUCAGAAAGUGGACAUCAGACAUUGAAGCAGCAGUUUCCUGAACAAAGCGCAGCCAACACAGUAGUCUUCCACACUACAGAAAACCACAGGACUUCAGUUGUGAAUGAGGAAGAUGCCACAGAAUUUCACUCAGAAAGUGGACAUCAGACAUUGAAGCAGCAGUUUCCUGAACAAAGCACGUCCAACAAAUCCGAAUUGGCAGUCGCAGAAGGCUUUGUGGUGCUAAUCAUAAAGAAUGAAGAGCUCACCGAAUCUGAGUUAGGAAGAAGAGAUAAGACGUUGGGUUGGCAGUCUCUCCAAGAAAGUACUGUUUUAACAAUUGAGACAAUUCAGCAACCUGUGCAAAAUUAUAUUGUCAUAACAAAUGAGAUGGUGAAUCAUCAGUCUCCGCAAGAAAGUACUGUGGUAAGAAAUGCGACACUGAAUGUGCAACCACGACAAGAAAAAACUGCUGUACAAAAUCACAUAUUGAAUCAGCAGCCUCAGCAAGAAGGUACUGUUGUAAGCAAUCAGUCAUCGAAUGAGCAACUUCAACGAGAAAGUACUGUUGUAAGCAGUCAGUCAUCGAAUCAGCAACCUCAACAAGAAAGUACUGCCAACAAUUCAUUUCACCAGACAGUGACGGAUCUCCGUGUUACUGUUAAAUAUCUUCAGUCUAUAAAAUUUGAUAAACUAACUUUAGAUGAAAAACUGCAAAUCAAGAAGAAAGGAAGGCCAACACCAGAACUAAAAUUGAGCCGUGAAGGAAAAAGUAGAGAUAAAACUUACACUCGCACAUUCAAUGCAAAUGUUUACAAGAGGCACAAAUGGAUUUGUGGCUGCGAGGUUGCCAAUUCUUUAUUUUGUUUCCCUUGCAUUUUGUUCGGUGGAGAAGGUUCUUGGACAUCAAUGGGAGUAAAUGACUUGAAACGAAUGGCUGCCAAGAUUAAGAAGCAUGAAGCCUCAUUGGAGCACUUAAACAAUGUAGUGAAUCUUGCGGUGCUGGGCCAAGAGAGCUUACAGUCUCAGGUGAACAGUGCAUACCAAAUUUCAUUAAAUGAAAAACAUAAUAAGAAUGUGGCGGUGAAUCAACAAGUACUUUCGCAUGUUAUUGACUGUAUAAAAUUGUGUGCGUCUGGAGAAUCGGUUACAAGUCAUGACGGUAAGUCAGAAGAGUCCUGGAAUCUUGGUGUUUUUCGUGGUUUACUUGACUUUGCUUGUGAAUUUGACUUGGCAGUAAACUUGCACAUGGAGAGCGCAACAGUUUUUGAUGGUAAAAUAAAAAUGAUUCAAGGGGAGCUUCUUGACUGCAUGCUGGAGAUCUGUAAAGAGCAAAUAAAGAAUGAGAUCGGCAGAGCCGAGUUUGUAGCCGUGAUUAUUGAAGAAACGACUCGCAUAGUGGGUGAGUGGCAAAUAGUCAUAGUGUUUAGGUAUGUUUUGGAUGGUCAUUUACAGGAACGAUUCUGGGGACUUUUUACACCAAAGAGGCAGACGGCAAAGAAUAUUGCCGAUACCAUAUGUGAACAGUUGAACACUGUUGUCGAAAACAAGCCAGAGAAACUGAUUUCUCAGAGUUAUAGUGGUGUUUCUUUGAAUGGAGUACUAAGUGAUGUCCAAGCCAUUGUAAGAAAGCAGUUUAAAUAUGCAUAUAAUGUUCACUGCUAUGCACACCGCUUAUACUUACUUAUCGAAAGGGCUGCAUCUCAGAAUACUUCGGCAAGAAUCUUUUUUUCAAACCUCUGUGGAAUUCUUACAUUUUUCUCUCAGUCUGUUGAACGGCAAAACAUACUGAAAAGGAUAGUUGCAAAACGCAUGCCUAGAUCAUCAGGCAUGGAUCUGAAUUUUAAUAGCGAUAUAAUAAAUGUUGUGUAUAAGAACAUGGACUCACUACUGGAAUGUUUUCAGUACUUACGAAUUUUAAAUACUUCUAGUUCAGUGACAGUAGCAGAGGCAUCUAUGCUUCGGCUUGCUCUUGAGGAUGAUGAAUUUCUGUACUGGCUUACUGUUUUCCAUUCGCUUAUGCCACACAUCAGUAUUCUUCAUAGACAACUACAGUCACGCAUUGCAGAUACAGCUAAGGUACAGCAAGCCAUUGAAAAAUUUAUUAAUUCAGUUGAAUCCACAAAAGCAAAUAUCAAUAAACUCACCGAACAGUUUCUCCAGUCUCAUUCUGUUAACACUGAAUGUAAUCAGAAUGUGCACAAGUCUCAGAUGUUUCAGCAAAAUUUGCCAUCUUCAGUGAAAGAAGUGUGUGACUUAAUAAUCUGUGAAACAAGGACACAGUUUCAACAUUUAUGCCAUCUGGAGGCAUCACUUUUAUUUUCUGAAAAAAAAUUUCCUGCUUAUGUAGACAGUUUUCCUGAAGAUGUAUUAAAUCGAUGCAUAAAUGCAUACCCUUUCCUUGUGAGAGAAAAGCUUUCUGCAGAGUUAAAGAUUCUUUACAGGUGCAAAAACCUCAAAAACCGAAGUGGUGUAUUUCACAUUCUGAGCUUUUUGAUUGACAAUUGCUUGACUGAUGCAUUUUCUGAGACUUUCGCUCUCUUGUUAAUUGUCAUCACUACUCCUAUGGCAAAUGCAGAAGAAGGGAGAUGUUUUCCCAAACUUAAACAAAUCCGACAUUUCCUGCAUUCAGCAGCAGGGCAAGACAAACUGAAUGCCUUAGCAAUGCUGUCUGUUGAAAAGGAUAUGGUACGUGACAUCCGUAAUUUCAACCAGAGAGUUACUGAUAAAUUUGCACAACAGGAAGACAGAAGGACAGAUUUCAUUUUUAAGUAAGUGAUCUUAGUUUGUGAAGGUUCUUCUAGUAGGAAAAGGUCAUUUAGGAAUGGGCAUGUGAAAUCAUUGGACCAUUCAGCAACAAGGAUAGUUAAGUGCCUUGAUAAUUCUAUAAACCAAAAAGGAGACGUUAGUGAAUGCCCUUGAAUUCCAGCAAGAGUUGUGCAGGUUCAUUUACACACUAAAGAAAGAAACAGCUUUGUUCUUACUUAACUGAUCUUACUUCAAUGUGGCUAAUGCAACUUCUGGAUACAAAGCUGGACUUCAUAAUGACUUCUUUCACUGUUUGUCCUUGCACAAUCAGAUGAGGCAAACCCAAUGUCUUCUUAAUACUGUUUAUCUAACAAGAACAUACGGUGCUGACUUCAGCCUGGACGUAUUUGUGUUCUGCCUAACAGAAAAGUUCAGUUUGCUUUAUCCCUAAAUAACUGUUACGUUUCUAGGAGCAUGUGUUUUGCUCAAGUUCAUGACAGAAUAUUGUUCUCAUGUUCUGUCUUUGUUAAAAACAGUUUGUUCAUUGUAUCAGGUACAGAAAGCAUUUUAAAUAAUUUUCAGCACAGACACUGGUUCUUCAAAUGCUGCUUAUAUCAUAACUAUAAAUGUGCACUUUAUUUUGUACUUCCUAUUAGCACUCAAAUUGGUUUCAGAAAAUGAGUCCAAAAGCUUUGUGAAGCCAUGACAUUGCUUAGCGAACUGUAUAUGGAGGGCCCAAUAAGGUGUUGUUGUAACGCAGGAUCUGUGGCAAAAACGUUUAUAAAGGAUUUAAUCCAACAGCUA